CAAACUAAAAUACUCUGUACUGUAGGGGUGACCUUUAACCUUUCCCCUCGAUAAGAUGGAGGGCCACAUGUGAGUCGCUAGAGAAGUUGAUAGUGUAAUUGUUUUGGUAAUAGGGUGUACGUAUUUUCUUAUAUAAGUUACAUUACUACCUUGCAGUUUCUUAAGAAUGGAUGCCAACGUGACCAAGAGUGAUGAUGCUCCAGAAGAAGCUGGGCCUACAGUUCCACUGGAUGAGACUGAGAUAGUACCUUAUGAAGAAAACAAAGCUUUACUUGAGGAGGAUGUGAUGGGUGAUCCUUCUGUAGAGGACUUGACAAAGGACAAGGCAGGUGGUGCUGCUGUCACUAACGAGACUGGCAAGGCAGGUCAGAGUGAUGGUGUAUACCGGUACAUUAAAGGUGACAUGUUUACAUCCGAGAUCUAUAAAGUUGAGAUUCAGAAUCUACCAAAAUACAUAGGGUUUAAUGAUGUUAAGAAGUUCCUUACUAAGUAUGGUGUGAAUCCCCAUAAGAUAAAACUAUUUGGGAAGCAAACCUUUGCAUUUGUGACUUUUAAAAGUGAGGAAGAGCGUGAUAAAGCCAUGAAGAUAAUUCACGGUGUAAUGUGGAAAAAUCGCAGCUUGAGUGUCAGACUUGCAAAACCUAAAGCAGACCCAAUUUUAAAGAAGCGCAAAAUGGAGGAGGGCAGUGCAGAGCAAGUUGAAUCCAAGCGUCCAGCCCAGACAGAGGGUUGUGAAGAGUCCUUCAGCAAACAGAUAGCUGAUAUUGUAACCCCUCUGUGGAACAUUCCUUAUGAAGACCAGCUAAAGAAGAAGGAGCAGGAAGUGUUGCAGGUGUUGCAGAAACUGACAAAGGAGAUUGCAAGCAACAACAGAGCACUUCUUCCCUGGAUCUUUGUGCAAAAGGAGAAAUACAAAAACAGCUGCUGCCAGUUGGAGGGAGUAACACCGGCACCAUCACAGACUGAAUAUCGUAACAAGUGCGAAUUUCUAAUCGGCAUGGACCUUAUAGGCAAAACCAAAACCAUAGGAUUUCGUCUUGCAAAGUAUAAGGGUGGAACAUGUGCUGUUGUUGAGCCUUUUGACACUAUUCACAUUCCUGCCAUUACAAAGUCAGUUGUGAAAGCUUUUCAGGAUUAUAUUAGGUCAACCCACUACUCUGUUUAUAGCCCUGAAACAUAUGAAGGCCAUUGGAAGCAACUGACAGUCCGUACUACUAGCUCCAACCAUGUCAUGGCUGUGGUUUACUUUAAUCCACAGAAACUUGAUAAAGAAGAGCUGUGUAGUUUGAAGCGGUCUCUUGGCAGUUGCUUCACUGAAGGACCAGGAAAAGACUCUGGAGUGACUUCACUGUAUUUUGUUGAAGAUGGUCAAAGGAAAUCACCAAGUCUUGAAGAUUUGCCAUUGGAGCACUUAGCUGGGGAGAAGUACAUUUAUGAAGAACUUCUUGGACUGAAGUUCAGAAUUUCACCUCAUGCCUUUUUCCAGGUUAAUACUCGGGCAGCAGAAAUGCUGUAUACAACCAUAGGAGAGUGGGCGCAUCUGGACCAAGAUACCACAGUUUUAGAUGUUUGUUGUGGGACUGGUACAAUUGGCAUAUCACUGGCAAAGAAAGUGAAGAAAGUUAUUGGAAUUGAGUUGAGUCAAGAGGCUGUGAAGGAUGCCCGUGCAAAUGCUGAGAUUAAUGGACUGACUAAUAUUGAAUUUCGCUGUGGGAAGGCAGAAGACCUCUUUCCUUCUUUAAUUAAUUCUCAGGUUUCAAAAAAGCUAGUUGCGAUUGUGGACCCUCCCAGGGCUGGUUUGCAUUCCAAAGUUAUUCUUGCAAUUAGAAGAGCAGAACACCUAAAGAAGUUAAUUUAUGUGUCAUGCAAUGCCCGUGCAGCCAUGAACAAUUUUGUAGAUCUUUGCCGUGCUCCAUCGAAUCGUGUGAAAGGUGCCUACUUCAAACCUAUUCGUGUGAUGGCUUUUGAUAUGUUUCCUCAGACAAUGUAUUUUGAACUGGUGAUCCUGUUUGAGAGGGUAGAAUACCCAGAUGAUCCUCCUUUGAAGGCAACUCGGACUACUAAAGACAGUGGUGAAAGUUCCCUUGAAGCCCACAUCAUAGACAGAAGUACAAAUACUAACAAUGCAAGCCUUGAGGAUUGUGACUUGAAUGGCUCCACUGCCUGCUCUGUUGAAGAGAAGGCUGGCAGUACAGUAGUGAAGUAAAAUGGCUGCAGUUCACAUUUUUUUUUAAAUGUGUGUAGUGCUACAACAGGUGGACUCCUGUACACCUAAAAUUUCAAGAACAGAAGACAUUUUUUAUGGUCGCUUAUUUUAAAAAUAUUUGGAUAAAAUGUCCUUAUUCGCUUUCCUUUAGGUUGAUGACCCGAGACUGGUAAGUUUGCAGAUUCCCCCCCACAUCUGAUGUUUGUCAUCUCUUUAUUUUUGUAGGAUGUUUUCUGAUCAUUAGUUGCUUGCUCCAUUCAUCUUUAGACCUAUGUAUGAUGAAAUUUAUAAAGUUGUUUCAUCUGUGACUUGAGGUCGUAAUUUUGCUGCUCUGGGUUCUUUGUUUCUUCCUGCACCAGGAAUGCAACAGAUGAAAGGCAUGUAGGUUUGAGUUUUUGUAGAGGGAUGUGGUCUUAUCUGCUGCAUCACUGGCACUUUACCAGCAUUACCUACAUGCUAGUUAUGCCAUCGAACAAGCACACCUGUUAUCUUCCUGUUCUCAUCACUUCUCUCCAGAAUGUACAUUGCAUACUGUAACUGUUGGCUUUGAAGUUCAGCUAAGUAUGUAUAUAUGUUGCUUCCCUUUAUUUUUUAUAUCAGGUAUGCUCAGUGAUGUCCAGAAAUGUUGGUGAAAAUUUGAAGCAGAAAAUCUUUCUAAAAUAAAAGCUGUUUUGUCUGCUUAAUACAUCUACAAAUGUUGACACAAAAUGUUCUUUGACAGAAUUGUAGCUUUGCUUCCUUCUUUGAAUCCAUUGUCUUUUGCUCCUCUGCACUGGAUAUAUUCAUUGUAAUAGGGAAGCAUGAUGUGGAGUGGAUGAUGGACUGCACAGGUGAGAAAAGGUGUUAACUGCAAGCUAUAUCUAAAAGACAAGACUGUCCACUUCUAGGGUCACUAAUCUUAUGGUGCUGCACUGCGCAAGAAGUCUAUCCUAGCAGUGAUGGAAUAUGGGGUGCUGGACCUGAAUUCUGAGGUUGCUAUCAGAAGUAAUUCUUGUAUUCAUCCGCAAGGCACAUAUUAUCCGGGAGAAAAAAUGGGACAAAUGGCAUGUGGUAUACAGGGAUAAAGCCUUGACUACAGUCCAUGUGACCCAAGUUCAGCUAGGUGCUUGGGUAUUUGAUGGUGGAAUUAGGGAGAAUGGACAAUGCCCAUCCAGUAGGGGGGGGGGGGUUGAGGGCUGGUAGUUCCCAGCCACACAGCAAUACUUGUGUAUUGUACUAUAACUUUUGCUAGAGAACAAAGGCUCAUUAGGAUGUGGAGAGCUGGUAUGGAAGUUAUAUGAGCAUGACUGCCCAAGGUGGCAGUGGUCGCCUUUGUGUGUUAAGGGUAGCACACAUGGACAGACUAUAGGACAAACAUAGGCCUUGUACUGUCACAAGUGUUCACAUUGCCACUAGGGGAGGAGGUUAGGCUAUAUAUGUAUUAAAAAAAUGCCCUCAUUGCAAAAAGUCUCCCUGAUGUCUGCUUUAUAUGAUGGUCUAAUGGGGCAGUGCUUGGCCUAAAGAAUCUGGAGGAUUGAAAUCCCCAACACUGGGGAACAUAGUAGGCGUGAGUCUGAGGUAGGAGGUAUUUAAUGGUUGACAAUGCAGACAAAAAGGGUUUUUAAAAAAAAAUGGCUCUUUACUUUUGAUCACUUGGAUUAGAAAUGAAAUUUGCACUGCUACAAAAUUGUUCCUUAUUCUUUAUUUCUAUAGUUUAAUAAUCCAUUAUUGUCUGUCUGUCAUUACUGUUGAAGUCUAGAUAAAAAGUAUGCCUUGCAGCUAUCUGCAUUGUUGUUAAUUGUGUAUUUUAUGACUCCAGCACUCCUUCAAAAAGGUGCAUUUCAGGUGAAAAAAACAUCAGUUAUGCAUGCUGUCUGAAAGCCUAGCUACUGGCUAAUAAAAAUAAAAUUCAAGUCUAAAAGUAGAGUAA